AGAGCAGCGGACGGAAGCACCCCGUACCUGCGCGUGUUAAUUAGUAGCUUCCUCGGGUCAGUAGUUACGGUCCAUUAAACGGCUCAGAAAUAUCUACAAAGUACGGUUGGUGUGUAGAUAAAAAAAAAAACAACAAUUCAGACUUGUUUAAAUCUUUGGAUAAAUGUAUUUUUUUAACUGAAUGGGGAGUGAGGAAUUGCAACUAUAGCUCGCGCACCGGAGGCUGAAUUUCUUGCGGUCAGCUUUGUUUCAACUUUGUGGAAAUAUGUAAGUGGGACAAAUGAGACUGAAACAUGGAGCAGUCGGCUACUCUCGACAUAGAGACGCUUAAGAUUACCCAGGAGCAGUUCAUCCUCGCGUCCCAAUCCCUGCAUCUCCAGCGACCGGGCUGUGACGCCGUGUACCCAGUGGGUCUGUACGGCUGGAGGAAAAGAUGCCUCUACUUCUUUCUGCUGCUGCUCUUGGUCACUAUGAUAGUUAACGUGGCCCUCACCGUCUGGAUCAUAAAGGUCAUGAACUUCUCAGUGGAUGGAAUGGGAAACCUUCAGUUGAAGCAGGAUGGGAUCCGCCUGGAGGGAAUCUCUGAGUUUCUCCUGCCUCUCUACAUGAAUGAGAUCCAGUCCAGGAGGGAUAGCUUGUUGGUCUUGGGGUCAGAAAAGAAUGUAACGCUGAACGCCAGAAAUGACCGCGGCCAGCUGACCGGUCAGCUCACAGUGGGUGAGUCUCCACUCUUGGCCGCCGUACACAUGGUCCAGUUGGAAGCUGUUUUAUUUGAGACCAUAAGUCGCCAUAAGUUGCCUACGACAGCUGAUGGGGAAACACCUGCUGUGACAUCACUGUCGGAGGUGUGGCCUGAAGGACCCGAGGCCGUGGAGGCCCAGUGCCAGAGGCUGGAGGUACGAAGUAAAGACGGAGGCCAACUGCUGUUCACUGCAAAUGAGGAGGAGGUCAUCAUGACGACACAAAAGUUCACUGUCACAGGCUUGGAAGGCGCCGUGUUUGGACAUUCAGUUGAAACUCCCCUGAUCCAGGCGAGGGCUUCUGAAGACCUGAAGCUGGAGUCUCCAACACGGACCUUGACCAUGGAGGCUCCCAGAGGGGUGGAAGUGAGUGCUGCCCAGGGGCCGCUGAAGGUCAGCGGUCGAAAGGAUCUACAGCUGGAGUCCACGGAGGGAGAGAUACUUUUAGAUGCCAAAACCAUUCAGCUGGGUAGUCUCCCGCUCGGCGUCUACACAGAGUCGCCCAAUCAGGCCUCCCAGGAGCAGGCCGUAUUCGAGGUGUGUGUCUGCCCUAGCGGCAAGAUCUACCUGUCUCCCGCAGAGACCAGCUCCACCUGCCAGGCCAUGAGCAACAUCUGCCUCUGGAGCUGACCUGGGAGCAGUGUUGUUGAUGGGGGACAUCUCUGACAUCUGCUCUGGAGCUGCUGAGAUUGAGAAUCCUCCGUUGGUACAUUUUACGGAGAGUCGAACUCAACCACAGCGGAGAUAGAGCUUGAACUCUAAGCUGAGUUCAGACCAGUACGGAAGUAUCCGAGUCGGCUGCCUCUGAUGGUCUUUUGGAUGUCAAGACAACUGACGGGGUUUGAGGAAUGGCAGUCAGAGUAGCUCUCUGAAAUCAGGAAUUUCACAUAAGAACAGGAACGUUUCCCACUACCUUAUAUUGGAGGCAGAGGACACACCCUUUAUUUUUCUACUUCAUUGUAGACAUGCAGUGACUAUUUUCAAGAUUUAGAAAGAGUAAAUGAGAAAGUGAAUCACAGGUGCCUUCAGCUUUGAAGGAACUAUUGUGACUAUUGUGUAAUAUUGAACCUGUCUUUGUAAUCAGAGAGUUAAAGUUUUUUAACAUUUGAUGUGAGAAAAACAAGUAAGCACAAUUCUGUCAUGUUUUCUUCCCAAACAA